GGGUUUAUUGCAGAAUGUCCUCGUCCAACUCCUUUUAUUGUCAGUCAACAAAAUCUGAGCGCAUCAUCCUCGCGUGAUCAAUUUACAGCGCAAGACGGUUUGAUAACCGACGAUACGUUAACCGCCUGGUGCGCCUCUGUGAAAAACGACAAACAGUGGUUGCAAGUGGAUCUCCAAGAGGAGAAAGAUGUUAUGGCUCUCGCCCUGCAAGGGUACAACCAUUCCUGGGUGACAACAUUUUAUGUUCAGUAUAGCAGCGAUGGUAAAACGUGGUACUGUUAUGGUUCAGAAACUGGCCCCAAGGUAAAAGUUUUAUUCUAGUUCCUCCGUAAUAUUAAGGUUUUGACAAACGAUUAAAGGCGAGAGUCUGACUUUUUGGUCGUUGGGAAUUUUUUUCUGACAUAGAACAAAAAAAGCCUGCGAGCAAGCUCUCCGGGGCGCUCUGGCGACGGGGCGGGAAAAGGAAGGAGAGCUUGCAACUGUGUCUCUGGAAUUUGAAUUCCACCCCCAAUUUCUCUGUGGCUCUCUGUUGACUCGCCAAUCGGCGCGAAGCGGAAACGAGCGAGAAUGUGAGCAAAUAUUGAAAAACACGUGCCAAGGGUAUUGACGUCAUUACUUAUGUCAUCUGCGCCAAUCAGCAUUUCGCAUCGACUUAGUGGAGACGUAGUUGCAAGCUCUCUUUUCUUUCCCCGCCGGCCACCAGAGCGCCCCGGAGAGCCCACUCGCAGGCUCGACAAAAUUUGUCGAGUUUUUUCAAUUCUUUUAUCUUCAUUUUGAAGGAGGCGUGGAUAGGGGUAAUACGAAGAACUUCAACUGAGGAGAUAUAUGUCGCUUAAAAAAAAAAAAAAAAAAAAUGGAAUCCCAUCUUGUCCUUUUGGCAAGCAGCUCUCACAUUUUUUCGUGCCUGGGCCACUUCUUGCUUGUUUUAGUUAAAUAGUUAGAAGGUGACCUGCUUGGACCCUUGUCUUGUGGAUAAGUGAGCUUCAAAAGCCUUAAAAGCUGGAAAAUCUACUUUUCCCGGCGGACUGCACUUUUUUCGAGCCCUGACAUUUGGCGUAUGUCAGAAACUACUCAUACUGACCGACAGCUUUUCAAAUAAGAUGUUUCGUAUUAUAUUGUUGCCAUUGAAUUACCUAACAUUAUGUGGUGUAUCAAACUCGAGGUAAACAGUUUUUUUUAUCAUACACAUGUAUCAGGCGCCAAGAAGCGAAUUAAGAGGAGAUGUUAGGAUUAAGUUGUGAACCCAACCUCUUCCCAACCCCCCCCCCCAAAAAAAAGAAGACAAUAAAGAAAGGUGAAAAAUGCAUAAAAAUAAAAUAAAAAUAAAAAUAAAAUAAUAAAUAUUAAAAAUCGUAGUAAUAAUAAUAAUAAUUAUAUUAUCGAAUCUUAGACAGUAAGUUACAUUUGCUGGUAUAUCUUGCUGAUACACACGUUCUGAAAUUGAUUGUGACGUUCCUGUUUGCUGUUAUAGUUAUUUGAUGGAAACGAGAACGAUGAAACAAUAAAAGUGUACGUUCUUCACCUGGACUCAAUCUAUGGUCGAUAUCUGCGUAUCAACCCGCAAAGCUGGGAACAUGACAUAUGUCUACGUACCGAGAUAUAUGGUUGCCCUUAUGACGUGAACAAAAGUAAGUAA